AUGGUCAAGGUGGCGGGAGGUGAUUCUUGUCUACUUUGGGCCGUGCUAGAGGAGUCGAGAUCGAGAUUGCGGGGCAGUCAAUGCCAGCAGACUUUGGUCAUCAGUCCGGUGGAGCUGUAUGAUGUUAUUCUCGGGAUGGACUGGUUGUCGCACUACAGAGUUCAUCUGGAUUGCUACAGAGGUAGAGUGGUCUUCGAGCGAGAUGCAGCGGAGGUUGGUUUAUCAGGGAGUGAGACCGACUUCCGGGAGUAUUGUGAUAUCUGCUAUUCAGGCCGAGCAGUUGUUAGAGCGGGGCUGUGA